AUGGACUCCAAGCUUACUAUUACUUCCCUUCGCCGGUCUUCAGAACGAUGGGUCAUUCCAUUCAGUCUUCGUAUCGCCGUUAUCGUGUGCGGCGCACUGGUUCUCGCAUUGACCGGUCAACCCGCGUCAACCAAAAAUGUCAUCCCCAUUCUCUUCUUGGGCCCCCCAGCCGGUCUUUCGAUACUCUGGUCCGCGGCAGAUGCAGCUUGCUAUUUUAUUCACCCGUUGCACCAUGGCAUAACCCCUGGCGCACGAGUAGGCAUGGAUUUGAUCAUCUCGCUUGCCUAUAUAUCUCUUGAGAUAGUCAACGGAAUCCUUAUAACAGGUUGGACGGACGAGGAGUAUCCCUCAAAUACAAAGGAUUCGGAUCGAAUUCAUGCUAUGGUCGAGGCAGCGCUGGCGUUUGGAGGAAUAGCUACAAUCAUCCAUAUUGGUCUUUUCGUCGUGGCGUGUGUGGAAACGCACCGUGAGAACACAGAAGUGAAAAUGCUUAGGGCGAACGCUCUGGCCCUUGGUAAUAUGUGA